UUCCUACAGGCGGUUGGCGUUGUUUAGCUUUUUGUUUGGCAGAUGAAAAACGAAGAAACGUGCACUUGCAUUUAUCCUUGUUCAUGCUAGCCGCGUAGAAAUAUGUCGGAAACUUUGGAAUAUGAUGUCUCAGCUGAAGUAAGAGGAGUUAUGACUCCAGGUCGUUUAAAGCUUUCUGAUCAACAAAUCGUUUUUAAAAACAGUAAAACUGGAAAAGUUGAACAAAUUGCUUCUGAAGAGAUUGAUUUAAUAAAUUCCCAGAAAUUUGUUGGUUCUUGGGGCUUGCGGAUAUUUACCAAAAACGGACAUUUGCAUCGGUUUGUUGGAUUCAAGGACAACGAACAUGAGAAAUUGGCAGCUUUCAUUAAGAAAUCUUACAAUCAAGAUCUAGUGGAAAAGGAAAUGUGUGUGAAAGGCUGGAAUUGGGGCACGGCGCGUUUCUUAGGCUCGGUGCUUAGUUUCGACAAAGACAGCAAAACCAUAUUUGAAGUGCCUCUGCCGCAUGUAUCCCAGUGCAUGACUGGAAAAAAUGAAGUCACUUUGGAAUUUCAUCAGAACGAUGAUGCGCCAGUAGGUCUAAUGGAAAUGCGUUUCCAUAUACCAUCUGUGGAGUCGGCAGAAGAUGAUCCAGUAGAGACAUUCCAAAGCAAUGUAAUGAAAAAGGCGUCGGUUAUAUCGGCAUCUGGAGAUGCUAUUGCUAUCUUCCCAGACAUACACUGUCUUACGCCCAGAGGUCAUUAUGAUAUCAAAAUAUUUCCCACUUUUUUUCAAUUACACGGCAAAACAUUCGACUAUAAAAUUCCUAUGAAUUCGGUUUUGCGCCUCUUCUUAUUGCCGCACAAAGAUAAUCGGCAAAUGUUUUUCGUUUUGUCUUUGGAUCCACCUAUAAAACAGGGCCAAACUCGGUAUCAUUACCUGGUCUAUUUAUUUGGCCCCGAAGAAGAAACUUCUAUCGAACUUCCGUUUAGCGAACAAGAACUUAAAGAGAAAUACGAUGGGAAAAUAGAAAAAGAACUUUCGGGUCCCCUAUAUGAGGUCAUGGGUAAAGUGAUGAAGGUAUUAAUAGGUCGAAAAAUUACGGGAUGUGGAAAUUUUGUCGGUCACUCUGGCACACCUGCGUUAGGUUGUUCUUUUAAAGCUGACAAAGGUUCUUUGUAUCCCUUGGAAAGGGGAUUUAUUUACUUGCAUAAGCCACCGAUACAUAUACGCUUCGAGGAGAUAGCUGCGGUAAACUUUGCUCGCAGCGGCGGUUCUACGCGUAGUUUUGAUUUUGAAAUUACUUUGAAAAAUGGCACCGUGCACACCUUCUGCUCCAUCGAAAAGGAGGAAUAUUCAAAACUGUUUGAUUUUAUUACACAGAAAAAGUUGCAUGUUAGCAACAUGGGCAAAGACAAAGGCGGUUAUAAGGACGUUGAUUUUGGCGAUUCAGAUAAUGAAAACGAACCGGAUGCCUAUUUGGCCCGUGUUAAGGCCGAAGCUCGUGAAAAAGAGUCCGAGGAGGAUGAUGACGGUUCGGAAGAAGAAUCUACGGAUGAAGAUUUCAAACCCAAUGAAAAUGAGUCUGAUGUGGCUGAAGAGUACGAUUCAAAUGCUCAAAGUGAUUCCGAUGAGGAUUCAGAUGCCAGUGGCGCAGGAAGCCCCGAUAAGCACAGUGCUGAUGAAAAAAAACACAGAAAACACAAAAAGGAAAGAAAGGAAAAGCGAGAAAGUAAAGAGAAGAGCAAAGAAAAAACGAAAAAAUCUGCGAAAAAGAAGGAUUUAAACAAACCGAAGCGGCCAACGACUGCUUUUAUGUUAUGGUUAAAUGAUACCCGAGAUCAAAUUAAACGUGAAAAUCCUGGCAUCUCAGUCACCGACCUUGCUAAAAAAGCUGGUGAAAUGUGGAAAGAAUUAAAAGAUAAAUCUAAAUGGGAAGAAAAAGCUGCUAAAGAUAAGCAACGUUAUUUGGAUCAAAUGAAGACCUAUAAACCUAGCGCAGAUAGCGGCGAUGAUCAGAACGCCAAACCGGCCAAGAAACGCAAAAAGGAAUCUCCAACGAAGAAAUCAGCUAACAUUUCUGGCUCAUUUAAGAGUAAAGAAUAUAUUUCAGAUGACGAUGACAGCUCCUCUAUUGAAGCUGAUAAUGAAGCGAGAAAAAGUAAAGAAGGCAAAGCUGCAGCCGACACCGAGAAAAAGAAAAACAAAACGAAUGGCGACGUGAAGAAGGGAAAGGCAAAGAAGUCGGCUAGUAAUGACGGAGAAUCUUCGCCCAGCACCGAAAUAGAAGAAAGCGAUUAAAAGGUCUAUUAUAUACAUAUUUAUAUAGUUCUUAACAUUAUCAAUAAACCACGAAAAGUAUGCUUAAA